AAUUGGAGUGAACUAAUGGACAACAACACUUAGACCUCUACUUCCAAUUUAUACACUAAGUAUUUUACAAUAGUUAACUUUUGAUUGUUUUUAAUCACAUCCUUCAGCUUCCAUACAUCUAUCUCUGAAGCCCAUCCAGUAUAUUGAAGCCCAUCCGUAUAUUUUUAACUGUGCUGUUUCACAACAUUUCUGAACCUACAUAUAUUUUACAGACACAGUAUAUUUUACGUUAGUCAUCUUGUUGUUAUUAAUCCCACCCUUCAGCUCCACUCAACCCCUCCCGUCUAUCUCUUUACGCCAUCCAUUUUUAAUUUCUAUCUGCCAUAUGUUUUUCAACUGUGCUGUGAUGUUUCACAAAAGUUUCAUUAGUGUUGAUUACAUGGCUUUGCUUUUCCUCUCUGGACUCUAUGUGGACUAACUUUCGAUCCAUUCAAUGUGGAUUCAUGAAGUCUCUCUAAUACUGAACGUUUUAUCUGUUGAUUCAUUUGAACCAUUGAGGUAUCCUUGGUUGAACUCCAUUCACUGUCAUUUUUGGAUUUUGGCAGUUGAUCUCUGCCUAAUAAAACCCUAAUCAUAAACACCUGUUGCUUUGCCAGAGGUUUCCUGUCAGCCAGCCUCUCAGAGACCUCAUUCAAACUGCCAGUUUGUCCCUGUGUCGACAAAUAAGAGACCAACAAUUGUGGCAUCACCAAAACAAGGCAAGAGGUGUGGGGCACAACACAGACUAUCGUUAGAAAGUAGCAAAAACAAGUGCCGUGUUUAGGUGCUGCACUUUUUGAAGCUCAUCCCAAAGAGAUGAUCCAUGCUAGCAUUCUGCCACGUGUGAAGAAAAGGCCAAGGCCAGUUGAGGCUGGUGCUCGGGGUCAAGAAGAGGUCAAGUUCAAUGAGGUGACGGUGUACCUGGUGGAGAGGAAGAUGGGCAGCAGUAGAAGGAGCUUUCUGACCAGCCUGGCCAGGUCAAAAGGCUUUAGAGUGGAAUACGCCCUCAGUGAUGAGGUCACCCACGUGGUGGCAGAGGAUAACCAGGCCGGGGCAUUGUGGGCGUGGCUACGGGGGAGUGGUCUGAGGGAUGUCUCCAGACUGCAGGUGCUGGACAUCUCCUGGUUCACGGACAGCAUGAGAGAGGGGAGACCUGUCACUGUGGAGACCAGGCACUGUAUUCCGGAUACUUCAUCCACAGUGACAGAAUGUUCUCCACCCACUGCUGCUGCCAACGUUUCUCAAUACGCAUGUCUGAGACGGACAACCACGGAAAAUCACAACAAGAUAUUCACGGAUGUGUUGGAGGAGCUGGCGGAGAAUUCUGAGUUCAAUGAAAGUAAGGGUCCAUGUCUGGCAUUCCGGCGAGCAGCCUCAGUCCUGAAGAGUCUGCCAUCAGCAGUGCACUGUCUGGGGGCCAUCCAGGGCCUCCCCUGCCUGGGUGAGCACACCAAGGCUGUCAUGGAGGAGAUCCUUAUAUUUGGCCGCUCCUUUAAAGUUGAAGAGGUACAGAGUGAUGAACGAUAUCAGGCACUUAAGCUGUUCACCAGUGUGUUCGGGGUUGGACCCAAAACUGCUGAGAAGUGGUACCGCAGAGGGCUGCGCUCACUCAAGGAGAUUCUGGCCGAGCCCAACAUCCAGUUGAACAGGAUGCAGAGAGCUGGUUUCCUGUAUUACAGGGACAUCUCCAAGGCUGUCAGUAAAGCCGAGGCCAAAGCUCUUAGAAGCAUCAUUGAAGAGACUGCCCAUUGGAUCGCACCCGAUUCUAUACUGGCUCUGACAGGUGGCUUUCGCAGGGGGAAGGAGUACGGGCACGAUGUGGACUUCCUGUUGACCAUGCCUGAGAUGGGAAAAGAAAAGGGGCUACUGGUUCGUGUGAUCGACAGACUUAGAGACCAGGGCAUUCUGCUAUACUGUGAGCACCAGGGCUCCACCGUUGACAUGAGCAAGCUGCCUAGUCGCAGGUUCGAGGCCAUGGACCACUUCGAGAAGUGCUUCCUGAUCCUGAGACUGGAGGAGGGACAGAUGGAGGGGGAUGGAGGGCUGCAGAAGGACCCAGGGGAGAGCAGGGGCUGGAGGGCCGUACGGGUGGACCUGGUGGCCCCACCUGUUGACCACUAUGCCUUUGCCCUCCUGGGCUGGACCGGCUCCAGGCAGUUUGAGAGAGAUCUGAGGAGGUUUGCCAGGAAGGAGAGGGGGAUGAGUCUUGACAACCACGCCCUGUAUGACAAAACCAAGAAACUAUUCCUACCGGCAACUUCAGAGGAGGAUAUCUUUGCCCAUCUGGGUUUGGAGUAUGUGGAGCCCUGGCAGAGAAACGCAUAAGCAUGUUUCCCUCACAGACACCCAUACAAUGCCACCUUGGCUACAUACAGUACAUCACUCCCAUCUGUCUACCCGCUCGGCUACACACUACUGCAAUCUCAUUUCAAAGAGCCUAAUCUGGGUUGAUUUCUAUACUUGUAUUCUGUUGUUGGACUAGAUGCUGAUGUAUGAUUCAUCAUUUUAGUCUUUUCAUCAUGCCUGGCUGCUUUCUGUUAGCCUCUUAGCGAGUAAACAUUCUGCUCUGUCAUUCACAACACACUUUUCUCUGAGCAUUCUUGUCUAUGUGACUGAUACAAAGCUAAAUCAACAAAUGAAUUGCCUGUGGUGGCUGCAAGGUAAAAAGGGAGAGAGGAGAGGGGUAUAAGCGUGGGCGAGAGAGAGAAAGCCUCAUCGAGAAAAAUGGUUGUAAUCAACCUCCUCCUGGCAGGAGAGCGCUCAGCACGAACCGGAGCCAAGCCUCCUGGGAAUGGAGAGGUGGGUAAUGAGCUGCAGAUAGGGGAGCAUUCAGCAUCCCCGUUUAGCCUCUGUUUGAGCCUCCACAUCCACUGGAGAUCAUUUAGCAACCGCUCGCAACAGCUACAGCCUUCUCCACUCAGUCCACUGUCACAAUCAAUCCCUUUCCCGGGCACAGGACUGAAUUGUGCUGAUUAAGGCCAAUCAACUGAGCUGGACAAGCUGCAGUGACCAGGAUUCAUAUGACAAGUCAGUUCACAUUGUAAAUGCAAUGUUGGUUAUUAAGAUAGAUGUUGACAUUUGCAAACAUUUAUCCCAAUAUACAGUAACUUAGUGAGUGUAGCCGUUUUAAUGCACUUUUGUUAGGAAGCAUGGUAUUAUUCUUCUCCAUGGUAAGUGCAGAUAUACUGUACGUCACUGGGGCUAUCGCAUCCUAGUGAAGAACCCUAUUUAAAGAUCUUUAAGUAGAGCAUCCCAGGCACAUUGAGGAGUCGACCCCACGGCCUAGCUCUCACUCCCUUUACCUUCUCUCCCCUAUCCAGGCUGGUCGGUCAAACAGAGAGAUUGAGCUCACAGUUUCAACAUCACUGUGAAGGUCCAGUGGAGGAAGCGUAACUAAUACUGCAUGGACAAAUACUUUUAAAGCUGUGAUGUAAUUACUAUGGGAUUUAGUCCUAACAGUUUCACAAUCUUUUAGCAAUUUUCUAGGAUUUAAAUCCCAUUCGUUCUGACCUGAAAGGGUCCUGUCUGCCUUAACAAUUAAAGAGGAGUGCUCCCACAUAUCACACACAUUCAAGUGUGUUUUCUGUGGUACAAGGUGAGGAAUAUACUAAAAGUACACACAUGUGACAGAUACCACUGUUUAUGGAAGUGUAUUACUGGCCAUUUCAUUCAUACAUUGUCGUGUUUGUUUGCUCUGCUUUGCAAUAAAUCAACAGACCAUUCAACAGACUCUCAUUGCUACCACCAGUGAAAUAAACUGUUCACUGUUAUUAUAAUAUGUUCAGAACCUCAAUAAACAAAAUUACAAGGGAGCAUCAACCAAUUAUCCAAUCCUGAAAAUGCAUGUUGUCCAGGGCCCAGUGCUUCAAAAGUAAUCUGAUCAGAUUUUGGCAAUCGCUUAGAAGGAAAUCCAUAGAAAUAGAAUGAAUAGAACAGGCGUCCCCAUUAGUUGACUAUACCAAAGUAAGGUCAAUAAACAGUGGUACAGUGCAGUAUCAACUCUUCAAUAAAAUCAUUCAGUAAAUCUGGAUUAAAAUAAUUACAAUAGAAUAGCAACCAGGUGGUCUUUGCACGUGAAUUCAGCACUACACGUGUAAUAACCUUGCAUACUAUCAU